ACAAACAAUGUGAUUUUAUUUUUCUUUUUCGAUUUUUCUACUGUUUUUGAUUAUACAAAUUUUAGGAUUAGUAUCGUGAUAUUAACUAAGAUCGCGCGACUUUUAUUUCGCUCUAUCUUCUAGUAUUUAGCUGUAAUGUCGACAUUUCAAACUGCCCAAGUAUUUUCCAAAUAAAUUGUUUGGUGUUUUGUAUUGUGUUUUGAAAAUGAGAACUCGUCAUGUGAGAAUGUAAUUUUUUUUCUAUGUUAAAUAAAUAAAAUCCGGGUUAGUGAAAAUUAUUGCCAUAUUCAAAUUCUUAAUGAAUAUUAAAAUGAAAAUUUCAUAGUAAUUUUCAUAAUAUUCCUAAAAAUAUUCUUAAUUGUAAUUUUAUUUGCAUUUAUAAUAUAUGAAGUGAAGAAAAAUGAUGGCGACUGAGAGAGAUCGCGGUGAACGCGAUUAUAUAGGUUUUGCAACUUUGCCAGAGCAAGUGCAUCGGAAAUCUGUUAAACGGGGGUUCGAUUUUACACUUAUGGUUGUAGGAGAAUCAGGCCUAGGAAAAUCGACCCUUAUCAAUAGCUUAUUUCUUGGAGACCUCUACAAAAAUAGAAAAAUAACUGAUGUCCAAGAUAGAGUUGAGAAAACAACAACAAUAGAAAAGAAGACUAUGGAAAUCGAAGAACGGGGUGUUAAACUCCGUCUUACAAUUGUCGAUACGCCUGGCUUUGGAGAUGCAAUCAACUGUGAAGAUUCAUGGAGGGUCUGCUCAGCAUACGUUGAUGAGCAAUUCCGACAGUACUUUACCGAUGAAAGUGGGCUCAAUAGAAGGCAUAUGCAGGACAAUAGAGUGCAUUGCUGCCUUUACUUUGUACCACCAUGGGCACAUAGUCUUCGGCAAGUAGAUUUGGAAAUGAUGAGACGCCUACACCGCAAGGUCAACAUUGUGGUAGUUAUAGCAAAAGCAGAUUCGCUAACUGCUGCUGAAGUGAAGCGACUUAAAUCACGCAUACUGGACGAUUUGGAUGAGUAUCAGAUUCAGGUAUAUCAAUUUCCUGAGUGUGACAGCGACGAAGACGAAGAGUUCAAGCAGCAGGACCGCGACUUAAAAGCAGCAGCACCAUUUGCUGUAGUUGCUGCUGACACCGUGCUAGAAGUUGGGGGGAAGAGAAUACGCGGGAGACAGUAUCCUUGGGGAAUUGUUGACGUGGAAAACCCCAGACACUCGGACUUUACAAAGCUCCGUACGAUGCUUAUAUCAACACACAUGCAGGACCUGAAAGAUGUGACCCAAGAUGUUCACUACGAGAACUUCCGGGCCCAGUGCAUUUCGCAAAUAUCACAGCACGCUAUGAGGGAACGAGGGAAACUUAAGAGAGACUCUAUGGGCAACAACCAUGACGUAGUAAUAACUGACACAGAUCGACUCCUGCUGCAGAAAGAUGAAGAAAUAAGACGAAUGCAGGACAUGUUGACACAAAUGCAAGAAAAGCUUAAAGCCACGGAUAAAAAACACGACAGUAUUAUCGACGUAUAGACUGCAACAUAAUGUAGUAUAGUUCAAUUGUCACUUUUACCUAGUAGUUAAAAAUGUAUCUAGAAAGAUUAAAAACCUCUUUAGAAAAAUCAAAUGAAUUUAGACAUAACAUAAGGUCUAAUUGUAGUUUGUUGAAAUGUUUAAAUAGGUAAGAUUCACAUACCAAUCGAAUACACUAGUAGAUACGUAGCUUAUCUUCUAAUUUUGUAUAAAUACUACUCUGUCAAGAAUACAAUAAAUCUAAGUAAUCAAAUCUCCAGAAAAUUACGCCAAAUAAUUUUACAAAAAUGGGUUACAAAGUAGUAAUUAUAUGUGACGAAUAAGGCUGCGCGAUGAUAUUAUAUGAGUUUAUGACAAAAAAUCCCUGCAUAAUAUGUAGUAACCUUCUGCGAAAACAGUUAUCGCGGUGCGUAAUAUCGUGUGAAGACGAAAUACGGAGACGAUGUUGACUAACAAGAUCGGCGGUGGAGCAUUUGGAUAAAGUUUGGAAAGACAGCCGAUAAUAAAAAAGAUAAAAGUUCGUUUGAUGUCUUUCAUAUUUUCCAACACGGCGCGGAAACUUGGCCGCUAAAAUUAGAAGACAAUCAAAAGGUUGAUCGCUGAAGAUAUGAUGUUCGAUUCGCUAUACGAAAUCCUUUUGGCAUAUCUCAAGGAAUGAAGAUUCUUUAGAGAGGCUUGUCGUACAGGGCCAUAUCCUUGUGCAUUUAGCUGUUUUCCAAAGCGUUGGACUGAUAAAAUUAGUGCCACAACUGGAUCCACUCUGCAACAGUGAUGUCGCAAUACGGAGGAUAGAUACAAGUGCAGUUCUACAGUAAUCCAAGCAAUGAUGCCGGGAAAUAUCGAUGUGGACCAGAAACCGACCAUGACAUGACAACUCCUGUAAGAGUAGACGACUGAGAAGAUUCAAUCUCAAGGAUUAACUCCUGAGACACGGAAAGUUCAUCGGCUAUCUCUUUCAAACUUAAGAGAGCAUUUUCAAUUAAUAUUUUAUGUUAAGAUCGGUCAAAGACGUGACCAGUCUCCAACGUCGUAAAAAACAUAAAUGGAAUAUGCAUCUAUAACCAAUUCAUCCAUCCUGAUACUUUUUAGCCACAGUACCUUUCAGAUAAAACUAAAAGUAUAACUUCAAUUGUUAUUUAAUAAGUUUAUGUCUAACUUGUGAAUCGGUAGGUAAGUAGAGUACAUAAAAUGAGUAUUAGAUAAUCAGCCAUAAAAAUCAUGCUUCUAGUCUCCCAUUUUAAUUUGGAGACACGCUCAAAUUCGCGAUAAGAAAUACUAAUUGGACUACUCUGGACGUACCAAACACAAAACAUGUAUCGAAUGCUAGGCAGUUACGCCACGUUUCGGUGUUUAUUUAUUAUUUCACAUGUGACACUGUGCGACUGUAAGGGAAUGACAGUUCACGCCUAGUCAUAUGAGAGUUUUCAUUGAAAUUCGAUUGGCAAUCCAUAACAGUUGCUCACGCUUACUGUAGAAUGUAUUUGGCUAGGGUUGGUAAAGGUAUUUCGUCGUUCGAAAAUUUAACAAGAGAAUUAAGAUUUAGAUACGGAGAAAUUCUUGAUCUUUUCGAUUAAGAAGCACAAAAAAUUACAGAAAGUAGACGUAGGUCAGGAAGUAUUCGUGUAUAUUUAAAUAUUUUUUAUUUAAAUACUUUAUUAAAGUUUAUCAAAACCAGUUAUAUAGCGUAUUUAUAUUUAUUGUUAAGUAAUAUGAUUUUUUUCCAUAAAGUAUCUAUUUAAAGUUACUUUAAGUAUUAUUUCCAAAUCAAAGUUCCAAGUAAUAUAAAGCAAAGUGGUGGACAAGAUGGUAAAUAUUAAUAAUAUACAUUUAUUAAAGCAAGAAUAAUAUCAAUCUCUUUGUAUGAAAAUGUAAGAAUAUAAUGACAAAUAGUUUUGUUAAAAAUGACUCAACUUUCUCAAGUUAGAUAGUAGAUUUUAUGGUAUUUACUUUACUUUCCUAUGUCUUACAUGUUAAUAAUACCUAAUAUCUAUAUUCACUGUCUAAUAAUUAUCCAGGAUCCCUAUUAACCUUUAAGUUAAGAUGAAGCCGUUAUUUAUUGCAAAAGAAUAAAACCAAAGUUUUUUACACUGUAUGUUUGAUAUGUUUUUUAUCAAGUAUAAAAUAAAUUGAUACUUUACAUAUACAAUAUUGUUUUUUUUUAGUAAAACUGACAUGUUUUCUACUUUUUUUUACACAUGUACAUUUUAUGUACAAAAAUCGGAACGUUAAACUCGUCAUAACACUGUUUUUGUAACGGUAAAUUA